UUGGGGAUGUGGGGACGGUGGGGACCUUGCAAUGACUCCAAGAACGGGGAGGUAACGAGAAGGAGAUCCCUCUGCUGUCGUGUGGGACAGAAGGAGAACGAGUGUUACGCCCAGUGUAAGCGAGAGAGACAUGAAACCGUCGACGUGAAACAAUGUGACCUGUUUAUAGUGAAAGAUUCAACCCAACUUCACUUUAUGUACACCAUCAUCGCCUCUGUCGCAUCCGUUGUCUUCACGUCGCUUGUCUGGACUGCUGCUUAUUGCAUGAGGAACAGGAAGUGCAGGGGGCCACCAGACCAGCAGGGGUCAUGUGAUGUCAACAGUCCAGCUGAAAUGCACACCUUUACCAGUCUACAAGCUGAUCGGAGAGACGGAGCUCGUAACGUCAACCAGAAUACAUGCUGUGACAGUGAUGCAUGUGAGUCCGGGUAUGAAAUACCACAAGACCUGUUUAUGUAAUGCGCCCAUGUUGGUGUC